AUGUCAGACCAGCAAAAGGGCGAGAGGAACCCCUCCCGCCGACCCUCCACCGCUGUCUCGACGCGCUCCCGACCUUCCCGUUCGUCGAAACACGAUGACGCGCCGCCGACGCCAGAGUCUCCGCCUUUUCGUUUGACGCGGAAACGUGCCGCCUCGCUGGCGGAUAAAGAGGCCGAGACGGCCGACGAGCGAGCUGAGGACGACGAGGCAGACGAAGACGCCGACAUUGCCGCGCGCCAUGGCACCCACUCUCGCAUGAGUUCUGGCGGCUCAGGAGCUUCUGUCGGAUCUGCUGCCAGUCACGUCUGCUUGUGCCAGCCCGACCCAAAAAUACCGCGCCCGAGAAACGCUUUCAUACUAUAUCGCCAGCAUCACCAGGCCGCGAUCGUGGCCCAGCACCCUGGCUUGGCCAACCCUGAGAUAUCCAAGAUCAUCGGCGAGCAGUGGCGCGCCCAGUCGGAUUCAGUCCGCAACGAGUGGAAGAUACUCGCUGAAGAAGAAAAGCUGCGACAUCAGCAGCAGUACCCGGAAUACCGCUACCAGCCACGCCGCGGCGGCCGUAGAGGCAGCGUGUCCAACGCCAACGCCGCAUCAGACAAACACCACUGCGCCAAGUGCGGUGGCCGAUCCAUCGCAACUCCCGCGACGACUUUCGUCUCUACCACCCCUUCAUCGCCCGCCGUCAACACGCCCAUGCUCCCUCCGCCUACCCCAUCCUCAGCCCUUACACCCACGUCUCGCUAUCUCCCACCCAUGAUGAACAACCUCGCCAUCAACCCCGCCCAGGUGCGGCACAACCGGCAAAGCGUGCGGGCACCCAGCAGCCUCAGCGCGAUCCACACAGUCCGCCACCGCGACGAGACAGACGACGACGUGCAGAUGCUCACGCCGCUAAGCCCAGACGCCAAACGGCGGCGCUACAACCAGGCCGCGUACUCGCGGGGCGCGCCGCCGUCGCCGUACCCCUCGUCCUUCACAAACGCCGGCCCGCACGACGUCGUCGGCCGCCGGCACUCGCAGCCGCUGCUGCGCCCGGAGCUCCUACGCGGCCCGAGCCCGCGCCUUCCGCCCCAUCAUCCCCAUGAUAGCCUCACCCUGCCUCCGCUGCAGACCCCCGACUUGCACGCCCGCACCCUCGCCUACGCUAACCCUCAUUCCCCAGCCAGCGGCGCCGUCCACCCGGGCCCGCACUCUGCGGGACUGCCGCCUUCAGCGUCGGCGUCGGCGUCGGCCUCGGCGUCUCGCUCCCUCGAGGCCAUGGUCAUGAGCAUGCCGUUCUGGGGCAAGAUCCGCGUGCUCGGGCGCAUCGCGCCGCCGUACCGGGGCAAUGCGAAGGCGGCAGCGACAACAGCAGCAGCAGCAGCAGCAGCAGCAGGGACAGCAGGCUCCGCGCCCAGCAGCGCGACACCCACGUUCACAGCCACGCCAUCGUCGGCGUCGGCAUCGCUGUCGCAGUCCACGGGCCUGCUGGCGCGCGGCGCGGUCGUGGCCGUCGAGGGCGACGACAAGGCCGCGGCGCGCCGCCUCGCCGCCUGGCUCGAGGAGAGCCUCAACCGCACCGGCGAGUACCGCGCGCGUGUUGCGGAGGCGCCGCGGGCCCCGCCGCCGGUGGGCGAGGGGCCGCCCGUGUCGUUGGGGGAUUAUAUCGGCGUUAUUGCCGAGUGGCAUGCCAAGGCGGGGGAGAUGGUCGAGUUUAUUACGACGGGGGCGUUUGGUGGUGGUGGUGGUAAGACCGGUAACGGUAACGGUAACGGCAAAAACCGAAACAAGAGCGAUGAGGAUGGCGAGGGAGGAACAACAACAAUGUCGCCAGACCAGCACCAACAAAAGGGAAAGCCGGACACGGCGCAAGAACAACAACCAACGCCAACACCCGUCCUCAUCCUCCCAACCUACAACCUCGCUGCCGCCGACGCGUGGGCCUCGCGUGUCCCCAUCGCGGACAACUACUCCCCCGCCGACCACUGGCAGUGGAUCGCGACGCUGUGGCGGGGCAUCGUGGGGCCGGACGUGGUCGUGUAUGUGCGGGAUAUUGGCGGCUCCGGCUCUGGCGCUGCCUCCGCCGGUGGCAGCGCCGCAGGCAGUGCCGUAGGCGGAACUGGUGGUGCUGGGGAUGAGGGUGCGGGUGGUGGGAAGGGCGUGGGAAUGGGACUGGGGGGGAUGGGACUGGGCGGCGUAGGAACGGGCCCUGGGCGCGCAGUCGAGGUCAGAGAGGAUGGCGCGACUAAAUGUCUGGUUGUGAAGAGGGGGGUUGGGCGGGAGGUCGAGGAGGCGGCGCUACGGCGGUUGGGGUUCGAGGUUGGUGAGUUGGUGAGGGGGGUUGGUGUUGGUGCUGGUUUGGGUGGCGGGAAGUAG